CCUGCCUCUCCGCCUCAGCCAACCCGGGCUGUGCCGAGCUGCUCCCUGCGGGAUCAGAGCGCUCCCCCGCCGGGACCCUUCUCUCACAUCCCCCUGCUGGGACGCGGCUACAUUUCCAGCCAAGCACUGCCUGCCUUGGCUUUAUUAUGUGUGUCUGCACCGCAGCCCCGCCAGCAGAGGCAGGCAGAGGAGGAGGGAGACUGGUAGCCAGAGUCAGGACAAAGAAAAAGCAGGGAGACAGAGGCUAACGAAGGGUUAGACCGCUCCAAAUAUUUGGCUCUUAUUCACACCACAGGACAGGGGCUUUAGGGAAUAAUAAGACAAGAGAAGCGAGUUUGUGGGGGUGGAGAUGCUCCACGUCCGCGCCACCAGAGCACCACUAGCGUAGGAAAGGGACGGAGAUCGGAGGGCAGACACGUUGGUCACACACCCCGCAAACCUUCUCACCACCCGGACCGUCACCGAGGUGACGACCACAACUUGUUUCUCCUACAGGUUGUGCGGCGUGUGUGUGUUUUUUUUCCGCUUUUUUCACCCCCCGACUCCAGCGAGCGAAGGUGCCGCAUUGCAACAGGCGAAGAAGCGGCGUCCAAGUGGAGGAGGAGGAGGGCACUUAACCCGCCUGCGCCCGCCUGCAUGGUUAGCUGAAAACACGGAACGGAGCAAAACAGUCGAAAUCAAGCGGCACGGCAGAGAUGUCCAGACGGAAACAAGCCAAACCUCGCUCCGUUAAAGCGCUGGAAGAAGGGGAAGCGUCGGAGUGUGGACGGACCUGGGAUGAAUCGAGCGUCCAGACAGAUGACCCGGCAUCUGACAAAGCCAUCAAGCUUAAAGCGAGCCACGGCGCUGCUACCGAGGAUGGAGAACAAGAGGAACACGGCGACCGUGAAGACGACGAGCUCGACGACGACUCCAUCUUCACGUGCGACAACUGUCAGCAGGACUUCGACUGUCUGGCCGAGCUCACCGAGCACAGAACCAACCACUGUCCAGCAGACGGUGAUGACGAUCCAGCCGGGCUGUCCUGGGUGCCGUCCUCACCCUCCAGUAAGGACGUGGCGUCGCCUUCUCAGAUGCCCGACGGAUGCUGCGAUCUGGGCACGGCCACGGGCGGCGAGGAGGAAGGAGGCGCGGGUCUGCCGUACCCGUGUCAGUUCUGCGAUAAGUCCUUCAGCCGGCUGAGCUACCUGAAGCGCCACGAGCAGAUCCACAGUGACAAGCUGCCUUUCAAGUGCACCUUCUGCAGUCGUCUCUUUAAGCACAAGAGGAGCAGAGACCGCCAUGUCAAACUCCACACGGGGGAUAAGAAGUACAGCUGUCAGGAGUGCGAAGCUGCAUUUUCUCGCUCUGAUCAUCUGAAGAUCCAUCUGAAGACACACAGUUCCAGCAAACCGUUUAAGUGCAGCGUGUGCAAACGAGGCUUCUCCUCCACUUCGUCCCUGCAGAGCCACAUGCAGGCUCACCGAAAGAACAGAGAGCACCUUGCGCUGAGAAGCGAGAAGAACGGAGGGAAGAAGGGCGCUGGUGGAGACGUGGACCCGGAACAGGACCUGUACAUGUGUGAUUACUGUGAGGAGACCUUCAGCCAAACGGACGAGCUGGAGAAACACGUCCUCACCCGGCACCCUCAACUGUCCGACCGCGCCGACUUGCAGUGCAUCCACUGUCCCGAGAUCUUUCUGGACGAGGCCUCACUCAUCACCCACAUUGAAACGCAGCAUGCCAACCGCAAGCACAAAUGCCCCGUUUGUUCGGAACAAUUCCCGUCUGUGGAGGACGUCUACUGCCACCUCGACAGCCACCGCCAACCCGACUCGUCCAAUCACAGUGCGGCCAGUCCCGACCCGGCGCUGGGGAGCGUCGCUUCCAUGAGUUCGGCUACUCCAGACUCCAGCGCCAGCCUGGAGAGAGGAUCCACACCUGACUCCACCCUGAAGCCCAGCCAGGGCAGCGAACGAGGCCGCCGGAGAGGCAACGACAGCGGGGAGGAGAUGGCGAUAAGCUUGGGGCAUCCAGGUGGAGGUGGAAGAGGAAGCUGGGGUAAAGUGACAUACUCUUGCCCUUACUGCUCAAAGAGAGACUUCAAUAGCCUGGCUGUGUUGGAGAUCCAUCUAAAGACCAUCCACGCCGACAAGCCACAGCAGAGCCAUACGUGUCAGCUCUGCCUGGACACCUUGCCCACGCUCUACAAUCUCAACGAACAUGUGCGCAAAGCCCACCGUGCCAGCGGAGGAGCCACGAGCCCGGCCGCCGCGGCUUUUCCUCUGCUGCAGUUCACCAACGUCACAGCGUUCCAUUGCAACUACUGUCCGGACAUGUUUGGAGACAUCAACUCACUGCAGGAACAUAUCAGAGUUUCUCACUGUCUACCUGGUGGGAUCAUGGCCGGCUCCACCACGUUAGAAGGGAACCAUGCCUUCUUCUGCAACCAGUGCUCGAUGGGAUUCCUCACCGAGUCUUCGUUGACGGAACAUAUUCAACAGACGCACUGCACGUCAGCCGUGGUGGGCGGGGCUGCGUCUGGUGGAGGUGUGGCCAAACUGGAGUCUCCGGUGCUGCAGUCCGCAUCCCAAUCCUUCAUGGAGGUGUACUCCUGUCCGUACUGCACCAACUCUCCCAUCUUCGGCUCGCUCCUCAAGCUCACCAAACACAUCAAGGAGAACCACAAGAACAUCCCGUUGGCCAACAACAAGAGACAAGCGAAGGUGGCCGACCUCAGCCCCGCCUCUUCUGACGUGGAGAUCUCCUCCCCGAAGCGCCACAGACUGGGAGGGGACUCCACCCCGUCCAUAGGGAGCAACGGGGACUACCCCUGCAACCAGUGCGAUCUGCGAUUCUCCAGCUUCGAGGGUUUCCAGGCGCACCUGAAGUCGCACCUGGAGAUGCUGCUGAGGCGCCAGUCCUGCCCACAGUGCAACAAGGAGGACUUUGAAUCCCAGGAGGCUUUGCUGCAACACCUGACUGUGCACUACACAACCACGUCCACUCAGUACGUGUGCGAGAGCUGCGACAAGCAGUUCUCCUCGGUGGAUGACCUGCAGAAACACCUGCUGGACAUGCACACCUUUGUUCUGUACCAUUGCACACUUUGCCAAGAGGUCUUUGACUCCAAGGUCUCCAUUCAGGUUCAUUUAGCAGUGAAACACAGCAAUGAGAAGAAGCUGUUUCGCUGCACAGCCUGCGCCUGGGACUUCAGGAAGGAGACAGAACUUCAGCUCCACGUUAAGCAUAAUCACCUGGGCCAGAGGUCGGGCCUCCCUGGAGGGCUUGGAGCAGGUCCCAAGCCCAGGAAGUGCAUCUUCUGCGGAGAGACGUUUGGAACGGAAGUGGAGCUCCAAUGUCACAUCACCACUCACAGCAAGAAGUUCACGUGUCGUUUCUGUGGCAAGACUUUCCAUGCAAUCUCGCUGUUGGAGAGACACCUCAGGGAGAAGCACUGCAUCUUCGACGGGGGCAACGUCACCGGCAAUGGCGGCGGCACCGGGAGCAGCAGCAGCCAGAACGGGACACCGAAUGGCCUGACUCAGUCGUCCAAGAGAGGAGGGAACGGCGGCGGUGGCGGCGGCGGAGGUGCGAGCGCCACGGAAAGAACAACGGUGGCGGCGGCGGAGCAGGCCGACCUGCAGAACAUGCUGCUGAAGAACAGCGUCGCCGCGGCGGCAGGCGGGCAGGGCGGCGAUACCGCCAACAGCCACGAAGCCAGCGGCGGCGAGGAGGAGCUGGACAAUUCCGAGCCCAUGUACGCCUGUGACAUCUGCGGAGCCGCCUACACCAUGGAGUCCCUUCUUCAGAACCACCGCCUGCGUGACCAUAACAUCCGGCCAGGAGAUGACGAUGCCGGUUCUCGAAAAAAGAAAGCGGACUUCAUCAAAGGGAACCACAAGUGCAACAUCUGUUCCAGAACGUUCUUUUCUGAGACCGGGCUUCGUGAGCACGCCCAGACGCACCGCGGCCCCGCCAAGCACUACAUGUGUCCGAUAUGUGGCGAACGGUUCCCCUCGUUGUUAACCCUCACAGAACACAAGGUGACCCACAGUAAGAGCCUGGACACAGGAACGUGUCGAAUCUGUAAGAUGCCCCUGCACAGCGAGGAGGAGUUUAUAGAGCACUGCCAGAUGCACCCCGACCUCCGAAACUCCCUGACGGGCUUCCGCUGUGUCGUCUGCAUGCAAACCGUCACUUCGACCCUGGAGCUGAAGAUCCACGGCACUUUCCACAUGCAGAAACUCUCCACCGGUUCCGCUCUUGGAGGAGCCGGAGUGGGAUCUGGGAACGGAGCGGGAAACGGCUCUGCGUCGUCCUCCCCCAACGGGCAGCUGCAGCAGCACAAGCUGUAUAAGUGCGCUUUUUGUCUCAAAGACUUCAAGAACAAAGGCGAGCUGGUCAAGCUGGACGUCAACGGCUUGCCUUACGGCCUCUGUGCCAGCUGCAUGAGCAGGGGCACUAAUGGCCAGAGCCCCAACCAAGGAGGAGCUCUCACACCAGGGGACACGCAGGGGGAAAAACCCGUGUCCGGGCUCAGGUGUCCCGAGUGUGGAGUGAAGUUCGAAAGCCUGGAGGACUUGGAGAGUCACGUCCAGACGGAUCACCCCGAGGUCAGCCCAGAAAGCUCCGCUGGGAAGAAGGCGGAGGCUUCGCCUGCUCCCAAGAAAAAGACCUACCAGUGUAUUAAGUGCCAAAUGACCUUUGAGACUGAGCGGGAGAUCCAGAUUCAUGUUGCGAAUCACAUGAUCGAAGAGCCCACCUGUCGGCAAGAGGAGGGCAUCAAUCAUGAGUGCAAGCUGUGUAACCAGAUGUUUGAUUCACCCGCCAAGCUGCUCUGCCACCUGAUAGAACACAGCUUCGAAGGCAUGGGAGGUACCUUCAAGUGUCCCGUCUGCUUCACAGUGUUUGUACAGGCCAACAAGCUGCAGCAGCACAUCUUUGCCGUCCACGGUCAGGAGGACAAGAUCUACGACUGUUCACAGUGCCCGCAGAAGUUCUUCUUUCAGACUGAACUGCAGAACCACACACUGAGUCAGCACGCGCAGUGAGACCGAGGCCCGGCAGGAACUCUGGGCUCAGUCGGGGCCCCCGACCCGGAGCCGGCGGGGGAGCUACAUCUCCACAUCACAGCCAAUCAAAGUGUCAUUUGCCACUCACAUGUAAAAGUGUAACGAUCGCACCACUGGGUGUGGCUAUUAGCAGCAGCGGGGGGAAGGAAUAUUAAUGGCAAAUGCUAUUAAAUAAAGGAGACGAAGGGAAGGAAAGAGAGGAAGGAAACAAGGUAUUGUAUGUGCAGUAUUUUUAAUCGUCCCUGCCAAAUUCUGUUACCAUGGUCGUGUGGAUUGUUAUUUUUUUAACAGAGAAAAGAAAAAAAGCAGAAAACCACCUUUUGUUUGGGACUAUGUUCAAUAGUUUCUAGAAAAUGGUCAUUUUCUCUUCCCCUCCGUUUGUUUUCUGCCGUAUGAUUUUCUUCUUUCAUUUUUCUGCCUUUGAGUUCCCGCGUCGGUAGGUACUUGUGCUGUGUUGUGAUCGUUUGCCAGUCGUAAGUUUCUUAAGUAAGUCCGUUCCCAAAUCUCCUUUCUAUCAUUAUUGUUAUUUUUUUCUUUGCUUUUUUGUAAUUACUACGAAAGAAGGACAAAGGAACAAAUUAAAAAGCGGAAAAUCAUGCAGACGUUUCUUUUUUUUUUUUUUUUCUCCUCCCCCCACCCUAACCCCCCAGGACUGGGUUUUUCAGUCUCUGUGAUUAUUGUAAAAAAAAAAAAAAAAAAAAAAAAAAAAAGAAUAUCAGCAAUUUCAGUGCGUCUGGUCAAUGACUGAUUUUUAAAUGUGAAUUAACCAGAUUGCAUUAAUAUAGUACAGACAAAAACAGAUAAAAAGAAAUAAAAUACAUGACAAAUGAAGAUGCUUCUGUGUGCUGUGAGUUCUUUUAUUGUUUAUGGAAAUAACAAAUGACAUGGGCCUGCACUCUUGAUUCUGAAGGCCAUUGGGGCGAAUGACUACUGGUGGCACUUUGCUACAAAAUAAGGAUAACACUAUAUUGUGAAGAAAUUAUGUUGGAAAUAUUGGUCAGUAAAUUAUGAUACUGUCUACGCCAGCAGAGAAGGCUUUGCAGGCCCUGGUGCGAACCGAUAAUAUUUGUUAAACAUUACAAACAAAAUACAUUACAAGUCUUUGUAUGAAUGCAUUUAUGCAACAUGUCAUGCACGGUGUAGCCAUUUGGGAGUCACUAUGCAAGCUUUACUGCUUCCUCGGUGUAGUAAUGCAUUUUCCUUGUACAAAAAAAUACUACACUGCAUACAGUGUACAUAGUUAAUGUGUCAUCAUAACAGAGAGGUACCAUUGCUGGAGCGUACACAGAGAAGCUACCAAGAUAGAACUUGGUCGCCAUUCAUAAAUGUACAUUUAUUUUCCCACCAUCGAGAUGACUUACAAUGUUUAUGAUUUUCGUAUCAUUUUCCAUCAAACCAUCCUGGGCCUUCAGUGGCGACUCAACCACUUUUUGUGGGGUUCGCUAAAUAAAAUACAUCUCCUUUCAAGAUACAAAUAUUCAUUUUCACAAAGUCUACUCUCUCUUCAUCCCGGAAAAUCAUUUCCACUGCAUUUCAGCCCCGCCACAAAAGCAACAGCAGACAUUAUGUAACUGAUUCUCUGGUGACAGUGUUGACAAAUUGAAAAACAGGAGAUGAUUCUGUCAUCGGGAUUGAACACACAAGGGUGCUGGUGAAAUCUUUGUUUUUCCUCUGUUAACCAUGGCUACCUACAAGGAAACAGGAAAAGAUGUUCACAGGCAAGGACGAUUCCACCUCAAGCAUCCAUUGUAUUGUUUUGGUAUUCUGCAUAAGAUACAGGUAUUGGACUCCUGAAGACUGGGGUAAAACCAUAUUCUCUGAUUGCUUGUGGCGUCCGGAAAAAAGUCCAGAGAAGAGAAGAUGAGCGCUACCGUAGGUCUCAUGUGUGAGUGAAAGCCCCUAUUUAUUAUUACCCAUGCUAAUUAUUACUCAAAUGCAAGAAUUCACUAUUGAAAUUGACACAAACUUCAA